AAUAACAGGCCACAAGAGGAGGAAGAGGAGGCUUACAUCACCCCCACGCACGGUUGUCUGACUUCCGUGACCCCCAGAACAAGCUGAAGAAGUUUAUGGGCGCUUGUAACGACAUCGACAGAGAGGUUCUGAAGUGCCUGAAGGCAGAGCGACUACGGAGAAGAGCCAACAACAGAAUCUUGGCCGAGGAGCGCAGGAAGAAGAUUCACACCAAGUUGGGGGAAGGCUACGACUGGGAGAAGGCAUAAAACAGGAGCUUUCUUACACGCAGAACGCCCAUCGUCAUCUCGGUCUAAACCUCAACUGGUAGCUCUCAAGACAUAGAAACAAGACAAUGUUGCCACCAGCCAUGGAGGGAAGGAUUGAGGACACAGUGCCCCUGGACCUCAAGUACCCGAGUGUGAUUGAGCGCUACUGGACCAAACACUAUUUCAUCCCUAAGGACAGGAGGUGGCAGGGCGGGGAGGCUGAGGAGAAGGGGGCCAGAGGAGGAAAUGUAGGUGGUGGUGGUGAGGAUGUGAAGGGAGGUGGAGGGCUAGAGAAAGAGGGAGGUGUUGGUAGUAGUGUAGAGGAGAAACUAGAGAAAGAGGGCUUGGUGAAGAGCGGUAAAAAAGGCAUAGAAAAAGAGGAUGACGGUGUUGAUGCCAAAACAAAAAUAGCGACAGAGGAAAACGGCAAUAAAACAGAGCAGAUGGACAUUGAAUACACCGAAACAAAUGCAGAGAAGGACGACAAGAGCCCAGAAGAUGACAGCAGCCUUGGGUCCCAGCAGCAGGAGGAGAAGGGGGGGGGAGCGCCGGGCCAGAACAAGACCCCGGACAGCAGCGGCCACGUGUGUGUUAUGGUGCACACGAACAAGCUCUGUCUGGUGACCCUCUCGCCCCGACACCCUGCCCUGGCACCUGGCAUGGAGAUUACUAAGGUGAGCUACAACGUCGGCAGGUUCAACCGUCUGGACAACCAGGUGUCGGGGAAGGGCAAACGUGGCGCCCAGAUGAUGGGGCCACAGUCACCCGUGUGCGUCAUUACCUGCGCGGACGGCUCCCAACACACCGUGCUGGCGGGCGUACAUGGGAAGCUGGUGGAGGUAAAUGAGCGCCUAGUGACUAACCCCAAGCUGCUGAGUGAGUGCCCGGAAGGCGAGGGUUACCUGGCUGUGAUCCUGCCGCCUCUGAGGAACGGCGACGGCCCCCUCAAGAGGCUCCUCACCGCUGAACAGUAUUGGGGUCAGGAGAGGUGAAGUAGGAGUGAGUCUAAUGGUGGGAGUCAGGGUACAGCUUUUUUUUGUCAUUGUGUUAAUCUUGAAAAAUAAACUCAUUAAUAGUCUGAAUUGAACGGUGAACUUGCUACUGUGUUGAGCUCAAAUAUAGGCUCAAUAUUCAUCUGAAUUAAACUAUAAACCUGCCAGAAGAUGUUUUAUAAAGUGUAAAUUAAAAAGUAUAAACUCCCUAACAGUCUAAAAAUUGAUCUAUAAACUUCCUAUAAGGUAUUAAAUAUGUAUAUAUUAAAAAAAAUAUAAACUCCCUAGCUGUUUGAACUAUAAUCUUUGCAAAAUGUGUUCAAAGAAAGUGCAAAUUUAAAAAUAUAAGCUCUGUAACAGUCUGGAUUGAUUUAUAAACUUCCUAAAAGGUGUGAAACAAAUGUAAACUAAAAUAAGGUGUCAAAUCAAGUGUGGGUGAGGGAACUACUGGGCCUGUGUACUGCUAUCUUGCCACUCCAAUAGAAACUCGGCAGCAGUCUAAAUCAUCCAAUAAAUUUGCCAGGUAUUAAACAAAUGUAAAAUCAAAGUGUGUUAAAUCAAGAGUGUGGGUUAGGGAACUACUGGGCCUGUGUACUGCAACCUUGCCAUUCCAAUAGAAACUCAGUAACAAUCUAAAUCAUACUAUAAACUUGCCGGAAGGUGUUAAACAAAUGUAAAAUGAAAAUGUGUUAAAUUAAAGAGUGUGGGUGAGGGAACCACUGGGCCUGUGUACUGCUGUCUUGCCACUCCAAUAGAAACUCAGUAACAAUCUAAAUCAUACUAUAAACUUGCCGGAAGGUGUUAAACAAAUGUAAAAUCAAAAUGUGUUAAAUUAAAGAGUGUAAGGGAGAGUACAACUGGGCCUGUGUACUGCAACCUUGCCAUUCCAAUAGAAACUCGGUAACAAUCUAAAUCAUGCUAUAAACUUGCCGGAAGGUGUUAAACAAAUGUAAAAUGAAAAUGUGUUAAAUUAAAGAGUGUAAGGGAGAGUACAACUGGCUCCAUGUGUUGCAAACUUGCUAUAGAAUGUUAAAACUGAAUUAUAAACUUUAGGAAGGGGAUAAACACAAAUCAAAGCUCAGUAAAGUGUUUCCCUGGAGUUUAAAUGAAGAUAGAGCUACGUCCAUGCCAUGUGAACUCACUCAAAGAUGUUAAACUCAAAUGUAAACUCAAGUGAAGUGUAAUUGAAAAGUCAGUCUGGAUGCAGCUAAGUAAACUCAAAUGUAAGCUCAUGAAGUGUAAUUGAAAGGUCAGUCUGGAUGCAGCUAAGUAAAGUGUUAUGUAAACUUGCUGCUAGGUGUUAAACUCUGAUGUAGAUUUGCUGCAGAUGUUAAAUGUAAAUGGGACCUUGUGUAAAUAAACUGUUUUGGAAAUUG